AUUUAAUGCUUUCACUUAAUGACCUGCAACUGUGUUUUACUGAAGCUUAUCACAAUAAUCAUAUACACAAGAAAUAAAUGCUCUAAACAGAUGGGGUCUGUGAAUCUUUCUUCAAAUGUGGCACAAACGUUCACUUCAAUUUGGUGGUCAAAGGUCAAGCUAACUGUGACCUCACAAGACACAUCUUGGGUCAUAACUCAAGAAUUCAUAAGCCAAUAAUGACGGAAUACACUACACAGGACUGGACACAAACUGAACUGAGGAAGGAUUAUAGUUGAUAACCAGUGACAAAGUCCCUGCCCAUCUAAAUUGUUGCAUAACCACUUUUUUCUUGCAGUAGUAUUUAAACCUCCAAGUUCUUUCCCUCUCACUCUCUGGUACAGUAGCUCUUGUUUAUCUUUCUCAACUCCUCUCUCAUUUUUUUGUCACUAAUCUUCUCUGCAAAAAUGGCCACAGCUGGUAAGGUCAUCAAGUGCAAGGCAGCAGUGGCCUGGGAGCCAAACAAGCCUCUGGUGAUUGAGGAAAUAGAGGUAGCCCCACCCCAGGCCAAUGAGGUCCGCAUCAAGAUUGUAGCAACCGGGGUGUGCCAUACAGACCUUCACCACCUUUCUGAGUGUAAGCGUAACGAUGGCUUCCCAAUAAUUCUCGGCCAUGAGGGAGCGGGGAUUGUGGAGAGCAUCGGGCCGGGAGUUACUGAAUUCCAGCCAGGAGACAAGGUUAUCCCUUUGUUUUUGUCCCAAUGUAGAAAAUGUCGCUUCUGCAAGAGUCCUAAGACCAACCAGUGUGUGGAAGGAUGGGCUGCUCGUGGUUAUGAUGUGUUGGCAGCACCAGACUCCAGGUUUACCUGUAAGGGGAAGAAGGUGCUGCAGUUUAUGGGAACCAGCACCUUCUCCGAGUACACUGUGAUGAACCAGAUGGCCGUGGCAAAGAUCGACCCCGCUGCCCCUCUGGACAAAGUCUUUCUUCUUAGCUGCGGGGUCUGCACAGGAUUUGGAGCAGCAGUUAAUACUGCUAAGGUGGAACCAGGAUCCACAUGUGCUGUGUUUGGCCUGGGAGCUGUGGGUUUGGCUGCAGUCAUGGGCUGCAAGUUUGCAGGAGCCAAGAGGAUUAUUGUUGUUGACAUCAAUCCAGACAAGUUUGAGAAGGCUAAGGUGUUUGGCGCGACCGACUUUGUGAACCCCAAGGAUCACAAUAAACCCAUCAACCAAGUGCUGCAUGAGAUGACUGAUGGAGGAGUGGACUUCUCCCUGGAAUGUGUCGGGAAUGUGGAAGUCAUGCGCAGUGCCUUGGAGUCUUGUGUCAAAGGCUGGGGUGUCAGCGUGAUUGUUGGCUGGACAAAUUCGCAUGACUUUGCUGCUCGACCCAUUCAGCUCAUGACUGGACGCACAUGGAAGGGCUGCCAGUUUGGAGGCUUUAAGGGUAAGGAUGGUGUGCCUGAGAUGGUUAAAGCCUACCUGGACAAGAAGGUGAAGCUGGAUGAGUUUAUCACUCACAACAUGACGUUGGACCAGGUCAAUGAUGCCAUUGAGCUGAUGAACCGCGGCAAAUGCAUCCGGACGGUUAUAAAUGUUUCUCCACAAUGAGACCACCAUGUUUCUUUCAGUCAUUUAAUGCUUUCAUUUAAUGACCUGCAACUGUGUUUUACUGAAUCUUAACACAAUAACCAUAUACACAAUGCAAUGUAAGCAAAAACUAAACAUGUUUAAGUCCUUAUGGAGAGAAAUAAAUGCUCUAAACCAUUGGUCAGCAACCUUAAAUACUCAAAGAGUCAUUUGGACCAUAUCCCAUAGAAAAGAAAACACCUGGAGCCACAAAACCCUUUGACAUCUAAAAUGAGGAUGC